AUGUACCCCAUCAAAUACACCAACCCAAGCCAACUCCUCCAUGCACUAACCCCCCUCUACAUGCUCCUUGAAACCCACCAAACAGGCCACCAACACCUCAUCUUCUCCUCCGUCACGCGCAUGCAAUUCGAAGAAGACCUCAUCUCCCCGGAAGUCCAUGCCUCAUUUUCCGGAUUCCUCAAAUACUGCUAUCACCACCCCACCCAGUCUCUAGCCGUCAAAGUCCCGCUACCACUGCACUUCACUGUAGUCGCUAGUAUAUUCAAGAAAAUGAUUGACAGGCAGCUUUUCAAGAUGGAUCUUCUAGACACUGAGGGCUGGAAUAAUACUUUGCGGAAUAUCGUGUAUAUUGGGGACUGGGCUUUAGAACCAGAUUUCUACUGGGUUCUGUCCACGAAAACGAGAUAUACCAGUCCCUCUGUGGUACUCGAAGUUGGAACAGCCGAAGAUUUUCCACAACUUGCCGAUAAAGCGUCCAUUUGGUUGGAAACUCUUGAGUCUAAUGUGCAGGCUUUUAUAACGAUUCAACUUGACUAUAACAACGAAUGCGACCUUGCUAGUGAUACCGCCAUCAGGAUUACGGUGUGGAGACUGACUCCAACUAACAAGGCAUAUCAGAGUGUGUGCGUUGGUAUCGUUCGUUUGCGGUCUUUGCUCGGACGGCUGAGUACGUCUGUCUUGUGGUAUUCGACGGAUCCUGUAACCGAGACUGUAACUUCGGACAAGGGGAUUCGGUUGGAGCUCGAGCUUUUCGCUCGAAAGAAAGCUUCAAGGAACCCAUUUUCUGCAAGCGAUGUUUUUCUUUCUAGGAGGUUGCCGGCUGGGUUUGCGGAGGAGUUUUGGAGAAUUAACCAGUGUGGUAACGUGGGUUAG